GGCUCACAGCUGCCAUCGGGACUCCACCUCUAGGCAGGAUGACACUGACCUCGGCCUCUCUGCUGCUUCUGCUGCUGGUCAGCAGCCUCUGUCCCAUCCAGGGAGUCCUGGAGGCCUACAACACAAGACUGAAAUGUAGAUGUAGCCAGGAGACCUCAGCUUUUGUCAGCCCACGCUUCAUCGAUCAGCUUCAAAUCUUUCCCCGGGGGAACGGUUGCCCAAAGACAGAAAUCAUACUCUGGAUGAAGAAUAUGUCAAUUAAGUGUGUGAACCCUCAAGCCAAAUGGAUUCGGAAAAUAAUGGACAUUUUACAGAAAAAAAAAAAAGUUUCAUCUUCACCAGUCCAGUGAUUAAGAGAAGUCUUUCCUGAUGCCAGUCCUCCCACUUCCCUUCUCCCCUUCUCCUUGCUCUGGAAUUUUGCUUUUGUGCUUGGUUGAAUCUUUUCUAAGAAAAAGAACUUCUCCAUAUAAACGAAUGUGAGGCUAUAUGUAAGAAUAACCUUGCAGAAGCUGGUGGGGCAAACUCAAGCUUCUUCACGUACCGUUCCACAAACGUGGAAUCACAUCCUUGUUCCUUAGGGAGGAAAGUUUCUGUGAGAAUAAUGACUUAUUCAUUGUAUGGGAUUCUUUUGAUAAUACACCCGUUGUUUAAUGCUAAACUUUCCUAGCAAAUGAGAGAAUGAGAAUUUAAACCUCAAAUCUGAAUAUGUGGCUUGAACUAAGAAAAUCAUGGAAUUUAUUUGAAUCAUUUUACCCUGCAAGAAAAGCAGGCUU